AUGUCCGCUCCUGGCCCUGACCCUCCGGAUGCGACGCUGGACCCCGCAGCGAGUUCUGCGGCUGGCCCAAAGCCGCCCAGCCCCUCUGCUCUCUCUGAGUCCGAGGACAGGAGCCCCGUGUCCGCCCCGGGGUGCCAGGGCUGCACCUCAGGUGCCUCCUUCGUCACCGCAGUUGAGGCCUCAGGAGCCGAAGACCCCGCGCCAGUCACUUCCCUCGGGGCUGGGUCGUUCCCCAGCCGGCAGGGAUUCCCUCAGGGCGUCCAUCCCAUCCCUGGCAUUCCGUCGCAGGGCGCCCCCGAGCUGGCCCAUGGAGCAGGCCUGGGCGACUGUCUACAGGCCCUGACUCCGACCUCUCCGGAUGCUGCUGGCCUCCCAGGCUGCCCUUUCUCCUCCGUGCCCCUCCUGGAUGGGAGCCCACCAUGGGCCCUGCCACCUGGGCCCUCCGACGCCCGCUUCGUGACCGACGACCAGACGUCCCUUGAGAGCGGCGAGGCCACCCUCUGGUUGACGGAGGACGAGGUGAGCUCCACAGGGGGCAGAGACCCUGUCCCCUCCUGCUCGCACCUGCCAGUCCCGACUGUGUCUGACCGGGAGCGGCUGAAGAGAUUCCGAGUGCUGGACGAGAGUCCUGGCCCUGUCAUAGUCGUCACCCGGCAGCGCUACCUUCGCCAACUCGAAGAGGACCAGGCAGCUCCUGGCCCAGACUUCUCAGGGUACAGCUUAGAGCUGGCCAAGGCCCUGCGGACGGGCCAUAUCCCAGACGCCCAGGCAGAUGAAGAUCUGCUGGCCCAGCAGUUUGAGCAGCCAGAUCCUGCCAGGAAAUGGCGGGAGGGAGUUGUGAAGUCCAGUUUUACCUAUUUGCUGCUGGACCCCAGGGAGACUCAGGACCUACCAGCGCAAGCCUUCUCACUGACCCCGACUGAGUGCCUUCAGACUUUCGUCCGUGCCAUCUUCUACGUGGGCAAGGGGACACGGGUGCGACCGUAUGUCCACCUUUGGGAGGCCCUUGGCCAUCGUGGGAGGUCAAGGAAACAGCCGACCCCUGACGCUGCCCUGGCCUGCCCCAAGGUGUGCCAGAUCUUGGACAUCUGGGCCAGUGGUCGUGGUGUUGUCUCCCUGCAUUGCUUUCAACAUGUGGUCGCCGUCGAGGCUUACACUUGAGAAGCGUGUAUUGUGGAUGCCCUAGGGAUCCGGAUGCUGACCAACCAGAAGCAAGGGCACUGCUAUGGAGUGGUGGCGGGCUGGCCACUGGCUCGGCGCCGGCGCCUGGGGGUACACCUGCUGCCCCGUGCCCUCCUCACCUUCCUGGCCGAGGGCGAGCGACAGCUGCGUCCCCAAGACAUCCAGGCCCGCGGCUGA